AUGGCUGUUUGCGCCAGGAAGGGCAGGGAGAGGAGCACGGAACACCCUGAACCACGUUUUCUUCUGGAUCCCAACUUGGAAGCCAACCUACCUCCUCAUUUACCUACCUGGGGUAUUUAUGGAGGAGUUGCGCAGCUCAGGUGGUUGCCUUAGCGAUGGACGGGGAAUCAGAACCAAACCCUGCCAUAGCAGAAGAGGCAGGGGAGCGGGUGGAGCCCAUGGAUGCCACUCCCUCCCCCGAGCAACAGACCACGCCCCCCUCCGAGGUGGCUGGGGAGGCAUUUUCCAUGGUAACGGAAGAAGACGAUGAAGCCGCAAAGGAGGGGGGCACGGAGGACAAUGAUGAGGGUUGCGCAGAGGACAAUGAUGAUGAUGAUGUGGUUCUUGUAGGGGAGGAGGAUCUCCAGCCUUCUGCUACAACCCUCUCCCAAGACACGCCCAGCACAGACUGCCUAGAGCCGGCUGCUGCCGUGGCGACUGUAGACAUGUCCACGCCAGACAUGACCCCCAGUUCUCCUGCGUCUUCCAGCACAUCCACGGUGGCAGCACCACCUAAGCCUCCAACCGCAGAAGCAGAGCCCAUCGUCAUUGACGAUGAGGAUGACUCUGAGCCGAAAGAAACGUCCUCCUCCUCACCAGCGGGCCCUGCGGGGUCCUCCGAAUCCCACUCGCCAGGUGCACUCAGCAGCACUGAGCCGGAUUCAGAGAUCCGGAUUGCCAGUGUCACAACACUGGGCUCCAGUAGCCAGAAAGGAAGCGCCACCGUGUCCGCAGUGAAUACGCCACCACAUCCAGUGGACGUCCUGGAAGACAUGAACCUGAUGAUCACCUCGGUGACGUCGCUGCAGAGCGGGGCUGCGGUUGUCACAGCGGCAGGUGAAGGCCAGGCAGAGGAAAAUGGUCUGCAGAUUAGCAACGCGUUCAGCCUGAAUCCCGACACCCCAUCUGGUCGACCAACAGCCUCCUUCAACCCCGGGCGGGGCUCAGCCCCCACGGGCCAGCUGGUGCAGAACGGAGACACGGGGACGCACAGCAGGGCAGACUCGUGGAUCUCCCAGUCAGCCUCAGUUCCCCGCAACCAAAAACAGACGGGGGUCGACUCUCCAUCACCAGCCACCUCCCUACCAAAACCUCCAGGCCAGUCUUCCUCAUCUACUUCCUCCUCAGGCUCUCAGCCACAGCCCAGGACAGUCAAGGUGACCUGUGCCAACUGUAAAAAGCCCCUGAAGAAAGGCCAGACGGCAUACCAGCGUAAAGGCUCCACGCACCUGUUCUGCUCCACCACCUGUCUCUCUGCCUUCUCACACAAACCCGCCCCCAAGAAGAGUUGCACCAUGUGCAAAAAGGACAUCACAAACAUGAAGGGCACCAUCGUGGCCCAGGUCGACUCUAGCGAGUCUUUCCAGGAGUUCUGCAGCACGGGCUGCCUCGGUGCAUACGAGAACAAGCAAAACCCGCCAAAAUCAGUCCUCAAAACAAAAUGUACUGUUUGCGGCAAACUCACUGAGAUCCGGCACGAGGUCAGCUUUAAGACUGUGACCCACAAGAUCUGCAGCGACACAUGUUUCAACGUUUACCGCAGGGCCAACGGGUUGAUCAUGAACUGCUGCGAGCAAUGUGGCGACUACCUGCCCAGCCGAGCAUCGGCCAACCACUUCCUGCUGGUCGAUGGCCAACAGAAACGCUUCUGCUGCCAGAACUGCGUCAGGGAGUACAAGCAGGUCCACAGUAAACUUGCGAGCUGCCUGACUUGCAAAACGUUGAUCAAGACAGGCGAGGUGCUGCACAGCCUCGGAGCCGGCGGCACCAUGGGCUCCUACUGCUCCGUCAACUGCAUGAACAAGGGCAAGCUGGCGUCGACCUCCUUCAUCAACACAGAGCCCACAUGUCACUUCUGUAAGAGGAAUUCAUUACCGCAGUACCAGGCCACGCUGCCAGAAGGAAACAUCCUCAACUUCUGCAGCUCACAGUGUGUUACCAAGUUCCAGAACGCUACUCUUCAAACAGCCACCAAUGGACAAACGCCACUCUCCACCACAAACAACACCGUCCAGCUCAAAUGUAACUACUGCCGAGGAGCUUUCAGCUUGAAACCUGAAACUCUGGAGUGGGAGGAUAAGGUCUACCAGUUCUGCAGUAAGACGUGCUGUGAGGACUACAAGAAGCUCCACUGCAUUGUGACUUUCUGUGAAUACUGCCAAGAGGAGAAGACGCUACACGAGAUGGUCAAUUUCUCCGGAGUCAAGAGACCUUUUUGCAGCGAAGGCUGUAAGCUGUUAUUUAAGCAGGAUUUUAUCAAAAGAUUGGGUCUGAAGUGUGUCAGCUGUAACCACUGCAACCAGCUCUGUAAGAGAGGUUUGACCCGGCAGCUCGGCGGCAUGACUCGGGACUUCUGCAGCGAGACCUGUGCCAAGAAGUUCCACGACUGGUACUUCAAGGCGGCGAGGUGUGACUGCUGUAAGGUGCAGGGUAACCUGACAGAGUCCGUGAUGUGGAGAACCGAGAUGAAGCAAUUCUGCGACCAGGAGUGUCUGUUAAAGUUCUACUGCCAGCAGAACGACCCCAUAAUGGUCACACAGAAAGGCCCCGAGAACACCACCCUGGGCUAUGAAAUGCAAGGGGCCAAACUUGGGCUGGUGAACCAGGGUACUGUGGCGUAUGCUGGUGGAGGUUUGAUGAGAGAUGUCAAGAACAAGGCAGUGCUCUGCAAGCCGCUCACACUGACCAAGGCUACUUACUGCAAGCCACACAUGCAGAGCAAACUUUUACAAACAGAUGUAGACGAUGGUGUGAAGAGGGAGUAUAUUCCUGUACCCAUACCUGUGCCUGUCUUCAUCCCCAUGCCCAUGAAUAUGUAUUCCCAGAUCACUCCCACCCCAGUCUCUCUGCCUGUACCGGUUCCUGUGCCUGUGUUCCUGCCCACCACCCUGCACGGGACAGAGCAGAUCGUCCAGACCAUCAACGAACUAAAAAACAAGGUGCCUUCCGACCAUCUGGAGGCUCACCUGCUCUCCAUGGCGGAGAUGAUCACAGAGGACCAGAAGCCAGAUGUGAAGCCGGUGAAGAGGGAACGUAAAAGGAAGGAGAUCUCCAGCAGCAGCUCUGAGGAAGAGGAACAGGAGAGGCAGGACCGGGUUGAAAAGGAGGAGGAGGAAGAGAUGGAAGAGAAACAGAAGCAGGAGGAAAUGGAAGAGGAGGAGGAAAAGAUAGAAGAGAAAAAGGAGCAGCAGGAAAUGGCAGAGACGGAGGAGGGAGAGGAGGAGGACAAGUACGCACCCAACCUAGACUUGGAGUCAGACUUCCCUCAAGCCUCAGACCCUGUUCCAGUUCUGGAGGGCAUGGAUGAGGACAUGGACUUCUCUCUACCUCCAGUCCUGGCUGAGGAGAAGGAGGAGCCAGAAGAGUUGGAGGCGUCUGCACCUCGACCACAGCCCAGAAGACAAGGGAACAAGAGGUUGGCAGUGGAGGAAAGCUCAGAUCUGGCCUCGUCCUCGUCUUCCCAUCCAGCACACAGACACUCAGCUGGACGGGCGCUGCCUCUCAAAGCUCGAUAUGGCGUCAAUGCCUGGAAACGCUGGGCGCUCUCUCCUUCUGACCAAUCAGAUGACACCAAAGUAAAGGACAGCUUCAAACCAGCUCGGUCUAAAAGUAACCUGUUGUCGCUGAGUUCAGAGGAGUUGAACGUUGCUCUGUCCCGGUUUGUCAGGGAGGUCUGCAGGCCCAGCGGAGAGCGCUACUCUCCAGACAGCAUCCUCUACCUAUGUCUGGGAAUUCAGCAGCAUCUUCACGCCAAAGGCCGGAAGGAUGACCUGUUCAGUGACCCGUGCUACCAGCAGUUUGGAGAGGAGCUGAACCAGGUCCUGAAGGACUGGCAGCCCAGCGUGCUUCCCGAUGGCUCGCUGUGGGGUCGGGUGGAGGAGCAGAGCCUGUGGAGCAGCCGACAGCUCGGGGAGCAGAGUCCGGCCGCUCUGCUGCGCUCUCUGGUUUACCUCAACACCAAAUACUUUGGCCUGCGGACCGUGGAGCAGCACCUCCGCCUCUCCUUUGCCAACGUCUACGGCCCGGACACCGUCCAUCCUGUAACCAAGGAGACCACCGUCUGCAUCCGAGUGCCUUCCAUCUCUCAGGACCACCACGUGCAAACAGAGUCGAGGAAGCGUAAGUUGGAAGAAGGCGAUCAGGACUACGAACCAGACGAGGACUCGGGAGGUUCCGCUGUGUGCUGCCCGGUUAAGAAGCGCGAGUGUCAUCUUUACGAUCUCUACAGAUCUAAGUGUCCAGCGUUGUUGCGUGAGCGUCUAGACGUCUUCUACGUUCAGCCGGGUCCGGCCUGCAGUCCCGACAACCCGCAGUGGUUCAGCUCCACACCGCUGGAGCGAAAGAUCCUGGAGAGCCUCCUCACCAGAGUCCUCCUGGUCAGGGACGUUUACACAGACAAACAACGCGAGGAGGAAGAGGACAGCGGUGAAGCAGUUGGGGGAGAGUAGCGGCCACUUUGACUUCUUUUAGCAGAGCCUAAACAGUCAGCAGGGGAGGAGGAAGCGGAGGAUAGCUAGUUGUGUGUGCGUGCAUCCCCCUUCUCCUCACUGACUUGCCAAGUCCUCCAGGUGAGGGGAGUCCACAACAGAACUUGAAGCGGAGGAUGAUGAAUUUGGUCGUGAAGAGCAGUCUGAACUUUUACUUCUGUUGAUAGAUUCACGAACAGAGGAGCAGGUCAUAAACCAGAAGAGGACAGGCACAAAUCAGUCCUGAUGUGUUGGAUUAUUAGGGUGAUGGGAGGUAAAGGAGGUGGAGCUGCCAUUUGGUUUUCAGGUAGAAGACGAAGCGUAUCAAUGGUUAUCCAUUGAAUUGGAUGUGCUGCUAAGGAUCUAGCUUGCUUACAGUGCUCAGACAUGCAGCCUUACAAUAUUUAAACUUUUAACAAGGGUCAUCAGAAGCCACCAGGGGGCAAAGGGACAGGAAGUCAUGGAGUUAUAGUCUUUCUCUCUAAGCUUCAAGCCCUCCACCAUUGCUCAGUGGAGGAAAAAGAGAGCAGUGUGCUUUGGGGUUCAAGAGAGGACAAAGCAGACAAAAGGUCUGGGUGAAACCAGAAGCUCUACCUUAGAGGUGAAGGAAGAAGAUAGUGCAAGGCUUAUGUGUCAGUUGGUAGGUCAUAAUUCUCUUUGAUGCAAUCGGUAGUUUAAUUUGUACAAAAAUAGAAACACAGGUAGCCAGGUAGGUUUUUGGGCAAAUAUUUACCACUGUUCCCAAUUUAGCAGCUCAGCAUACAACUAAAAGUGCUACUUCAUAUUUUUCUAUUUAAAGGACGAUAAACCCAGAAUAUUCUACAACAGAAAUAUAUUAUCUAUAUCCAUCUAUACUGGAAAGAUUUGGGCCCGCAUCUUUGACCUCACCCAUCAGUGACGUAACAAUGUACCUUGUCCACUUAUGGGGGUUGAAAAUGUCUAAGCAAAUAUUUGGUUCAGAAAUGGAUCUGGAGAAGAUGUAAAGGUCUUGCACACCCACACAACUUUCUGCUCAGGUAAAGUUUGAAGGUGUUGAGCUGGUGAAAUAUGCUCCAAGUUGCGCCUAAAAGCGGGCAGGACAGGAAAUGGCACGGGUAAGGUUGUAAACUGCACGAGCGUUUCCUGUUUAGGUGUGAUCUCCAGUCCACCUUUUGACCAACAGAAACGUAACAAAAGUUAUUUCGGUCUGUUUCAUCACCAUAUUUAGUACGUUAUAACAGACUAUGAACUGCGGUGUCUCUCUUUCACACUGAUUGCUCUGGUCGAUAUUUACUUACCUGCAUCUAAAAUGUUAUGUCAUGCUCUUUGGAGCAAUUUUAUGUGACUGCACCUUUUUUUUUUUUUUUAUGCAGGUAAUAUUGUGAGGUCCCCAAAGAUUGGUGUACCAAUAAGAAUGGAGAGAGGUGCUUAAACUAUAGUAAAGGAUAAAAUUGGGUAAAUGAAUUGGAAUCACCUGUGAGUGUGUCUAGGGCCUCUUAAGGUUGUGAACUUAAACUCCAUGAGACUUGAGUGUAUUUUUGACUUGUCCGUAUUUUAAAAGUGAUGCUAUGUACUGCUGACGUGUCAAAGUCUAAUAAGUGCAUAAAGAAAACCUCCAGUUAAAAAAUGUUUUGCCAUGCAGGAUCUGAAGAUGAAAUUUCUGUUAUUCCAACAUGCCUUGAACACAGCAUAAGGACUAGCCUCCUCUUCCCCUCGGUCAGGGCAACUUACUGGCCCCACACACAUCCAUUUUAACUGGGCUGCUUGCAUUCCUUCCCAUCAUCCCGCUCACUGCUAUUCCUCUUUCAGUACUGCUCUUAGGCAAACCCAUUUGCACCACAGAGGACUUCAGGAGCCAGAACUGAUCCCAGACAGUAAGAAGGAUUGACUCUAAACCUUGUGUUCCCUCACCUGACGGGCCUGACUCGCUGUGUGUGUGGUGUGCGGGUCAAAGGCAACCUACCAACAUGCUUCCUUUUUAUAGGACAUUAGGGAACCUUCAUUCAUGCGAUGUAGCAUUAUGUGCGUACUAAGCCCAGAUUUGGUUGCUUUUGAAGUGUAAAUAUCUUUGAAACAAGGUGGUUAUUGAGAUGGAGUCACCACAGACUCUAGUUUGGGGAAAGGAAAAACACCUACUGAAACCUUCAGCUUGA